AUAUAUUUAUUAGUGAUUUAUUUAUAUACAUGUGAUUAAAACACAUACACACCUAAAAAAAAUAUUCAAAAAAAAAAUGAUUUUCAAUAGACAAUAUUCAGGACAUACUGUCCAAACAAUACUACCGGUGCUCGUAGUAUGCCUAUUAUCAACCACCACCACUACCAUCAUAACUGGCCAAAUAGUACAGCAACAAACAACUGAGAUCAGCGUCACUACCCUAACCCCGGAGGCCAUAUGUCACGGCCAUAACAACUCGUGCGGCGAUUGUGUAUCAAACACCGGGUGCUACUACUGUAAGCCCAACAAUACAUGUCUGGUCUAUUUGAAAGGUUUGCAUCCGUUCAGCCAGUGUGCAGCCGGUAAACCCGAGGACACUGCUUACGGUACCUGUCUGGUCAAUUCACGUACACUCCUGAUAGUACUACUAUCGGUAGGCCUAUCCCUGGUUGUAGUCGGUGUCUGUCUAUGCUGUUGGUUGUGCGCCUGUUGUCGCGAUUGUCGACGCAGACAACUGGCCCGUCAAUGGGAUCGUUGGCAACUACAGCGCCAGGAUAUGAGUGCCGAACACGAGGAACGCCGUAAACAGCGGGAAAUGCAAAGACAACAGAUCCGCCAAAAGUACGGUCUAAGCAAUGAUAAUAAUAAUCCGUAUUCAAAGUUUUAAAUUUUUUUUAUUAUUUUAAAAAUUUAUUUGAAAAAAACAAUUUUGAUUUAUCUAUCUUAUAAAAAAAUUAAUGAUAAAAUUAUUAUAA